AUGCAGGUGCAGCAACGAACUCCACCUUCGCGUGUUGGCGGCCGCGGUGUUGCCAUGCGGCAGCCGCCAAUUUUCCCUGUUAGUGCAUUGCGAAAGCAGGGCUUCGGUGGCCUUGCAGCUCGAAGAUCAUCCCCCCGCAGUGAGGUGGCUACGAAGGAGCAGUUGCUCGAGGCCUGGAAACUGCUGCCGGAUGGCCGCUUCCGGGGCAGACUGAGGUCUGGCGUCACGGUGGAAUUUGCCGGCGAGUUGGUAGGGCCUGAGGACCCUGGUGUCGUGAUCGGCCCGAAGGGCGUGCGCUAUGUCCUUGGCGAGGCUGCGGCGGCGCCGGCAGCCCCCAAAGCAGAAGCUGAGAGUGACAGCUUGGUGAAGGCUGCAGUCGCAGGAGCAGGUGCUGCAAUUGCAGCCGUCCUGGCCUUUAUGGUGCUGCCGGGCAUGCUCCAAUCAUCUCCGGUCUCUGGUGGAGCAGGCUCCCCGGUCACAAGAACCAAUGUGACCAUUGUCGAGACGAAAAAGACCCUUCCUGAUGGGUCUACGGCCAAGAUUGUUGACCGAACGGUGAGGCCUUUUGAACGCGCCGUGCACGGCUGUCAUACCAUUUGA